UGAGAAAGUAUAUGAAACAUUUCUCAAAUAAAUAAAUGUUUUUUUCUUUUAGAAUCGUUUUAACGACGUUGACUAUUAUACUUUUGAUCCUAUCUGUUAUGUAAGCAUUAUAGUUUGGUUUACGUUUGAAAAGUACAAUAUUUAGUUAAAAAUUAGAGACACUUUAACUAAAUGUUCCAUAUAUUGUUCCAGUUCCCUGUACAGCGAAAACUCAUUGAUGAAACUAUAAUGAGUGACAGACAGGUAUGAAUUUAUAGAUUGAAAUGACAUUAAUAAGAUUUUAAAUCUAAAAACCCGUUAUAGCCCAGAUUAAACUUUAGUAAGGUUCUUUUUAUUAAUUGUGAAGUCCAUAUUCGUAAUUUUUAAUACCUUAAACAGUUUUACAACGGUUUAAAAAAUAGCUAUCCAGGUCAUCGCACACUAUGUCAAGAUGAUUAUAUUUUAGCCACAUUUUCAUUAGUUAUAUUUUAUUGACAUAAUUUUCAGAUAAAUUGGAUAAAUGAUUACCACAAGAAGACAGCAAAACGUGUUGGAGACGAGCUAAAAAAACAGGGGAAAAUGAAGCAGUACGAUUGGCUGAUGGAACAAACUAAACCAAUUGUUCGCAAUGUUGCUACAACUAAUGUUGCUACAACUACAGGGAAAUCAAUUUCUUUUAUUUUUGUUUCAGCGCUAAUCGCUCAUUUCUCGUUCUGAAUGUUAAACUUCAGGUGUGCUUGAUGUAGAGUAGAAUAUUUACUUAGCAUUCAGGUGUGCUUGAUUUAAUGUAGAGUAGAAUAUAUACAUUGAUUAAGUUGGAAUAUUGUUUAGAUACUGUUGUCUAAUUCGUUAGUGUUAUUCGUAAUCAUGUGAUUCAAACAGUUGAGAUUAUCUGAGAACAAAUGAUCAAAUGUUAUAAUUAAUUAAAAUCAUAGACUUAUCAACCAAUGAUUGUUUGAUUAUUGUACAGUACCUUGUUCGAUUCUGACUAUCUUAAUUAAAUAAUUUUUACCUGAC